GUCCUAUGGCUGGCACUGGAUUUAGGAAUGAAUGAAGAUUAUAUCGAAACUUUCAUUCAUAUCUCUUUGUGCUUGGCUCUGAUGUUCCUAUUUGGAUUUUGGGCGCUACGAUUCUUAUUUGAACCUUAUGUUUUGUAAUUUUGAUAGACAGUGACGUUUGAUGGACUUUUUUCCCUGAACUUUCUUAUUAACUUUUAGUACCUCUAAUUAAUGAUUUGAACCAAUUUCCAUAAAUCUCUUAAAUAUGCUGGAAUAUUCUUUUUUUGUUUUUUGUGUGAAAUAAAAAAAAUUGGAUGCCUUUAUGUUGAAUAAUGGAUAUUAAAAUAUUCAUUAUUUUAUCUGUUCUGUUUAUCUCACAAUGCUUUGCUGAAGAUCUUAAUUUAUUGAUACAUGGUCCUGGUUUACAACCAGAUAAAGUAGUUUUACCUGCUCGCUAUUUUUAUGUUCAGUUCCCUGACAAAAUUCCUGAUGAGACUUUAAGCAUCAGAACCUUAAAUGUUAGCUUCAGAGGUGCCUCUAAGGAGCAAAGACCCUGCCAUAUAUGGCACCAAGUUCUCUAUACAAAUGAUAACUCUGCUAUUGUUAGAUACAGACUUUAUGAAACAUGUUAUGACUUAGUUAUUAGUGUUAAGUUCAACUCUAACCAUGUUAGUGGCUCACCAUUUUUUUUCAAAGGUCCUAUUUUGCAUGAAGAUUGUAACUGUCCAGAAAAAGACAUAACACGUUGGUUAGCUGAUUAUGGUUGUAGAGAAGUCCAUAAGAAAAUUGUUAGUGAUUUAAGCAAGUUUACUAAUGUGAAUUUUGAGAAGUUUCACGAAAAAGCUGUGAAAAGAUUCAAUAAUUCAUUGUCAUCGAGUGUAUGUCAUUAUGUGAUCAAGUCAAAUAAGAUUUACAGAUCUUGCUAUGGCCAACAUAUUGGAUUUAAAGUAUUUAUGGAUGGAAUAUUACUUUCACUCACGAGAAAAGUUGUAUUUCCUGAUUUUGAAAUUUUUACAAAUCUCGGAGAUUGGCCAUUGAUGCAAAAAGAUAAUAAAAACAAUUUUCCUAUGUUUUCUUGGUGUGGAUCUCAUGAUACUGUCGAUAUUGUUAUGCCUACUUAUGAUAUCACUGAUUCAUCAUUAGAAAACAUGGGAAGAGUCUCAUUGGAUAUGUUAUCAGUACAAGGAAACAUAGAGAAAAAUUGGGAUAAGAAAGUAAAUAUGGCUUUCUGGCGCGGAAGAGAUGCAAGCCUUGAAAGAUUGAAGCUUAUCGAGAUUUCGAGAAAAUUUCCAGAUUUGAUUAAUGCUUCUUUAACUAAUUUCUUCUUUUUUCGUGAUAAAGAAGAUAAAUAUGGUCCGAAAGUUGAGCAUGUUUCAUUUUUCAAAUUCUUCGACUACAAGUAUCAGUUAAAUUUAGAUGGAACAGUUGCUGCGUAUCGUUUUCCUUAUCUACUCGCUGGUGAUUCAGUUGUUUUUAAACAAGAUUCAAAGUAUUAUGAACAUUUUUAUGACGAUCUUCAACCUUGGAAGCACUAUAUUCCUGUGAAAUCAAAUCUAGAAAAUCUUAUUGAAAGGUUGAAGUGGGCCUUGGAAAAUGAUGGAAAAGCAAAGGAAAUAGCUGAAGUAGGACAGAUGUAUGCUAGGAACAACCUAUUGCCUCGGGAUAUUUUCUGUUAUCAUGCACACCUUUUUAAUGAAUGGAGCAAAAAGCUUGAAAGUCCUGUCACUGUUAGGAAUGGAAUGGAAUACAUACCACAAAAAAGCACAAAAGGAUGUGUUUGUGAACAAAGUAAAAAAGAUGAGCUUUAAAUUAAAGAGUACUUAAAAAAUCUAUAUUUUGUAGAUGAGAAUAAAUAUUUGUACCAAACAAGUGAUUUAAUAUCAGCCUACUUUUGUUUUUGUGUAUGGGUCUGGUUCUGAGGAGAGGUAUUGAUGGAUAUUUAUUUAUUUUUUUUUACAUAUAAAGCGUGUAUUUUCAACAGUUAUAUCCACAAGCUCAAUCCAUACAUUGCUUUGGCUAUGUAAACUUUAUUCAUAACAAAAUCAUAUCUUGUAUAAUAGGUCUUUCAUCUUUAAAAAUAUAUAUUUAUAUUAUAAUAUAAUUCAACAUGUAUCAAUGUUUGGCACAAAAUUAGUUUUUUGCUGAAACAAUUAACUGCCCCACCUAAAUCAUUAGUGAAGCAUUACAAACAUUAUCUAUUUCAUGUGUCUU